CUUCAGCCUUCUCUCUUAAGAGGACUCCCUCUCUUGUGCCAUAUAUAAACUGCCGAUUCUCUUCUUCUUCAAUCUCUUUCCGGAUUUUUUUCUUCCUUAAAUUUCGCAAGUUCAUCGAUUUGUUUUUAAUUGCUAGUUUUUGUUUCUGCCCUUUUCGUUUCGCCAUUGACGAAGUACUCGAAAAGCCUCAGGAAAGUGGAAUUGGGGGAUUUUCUGGCUGAUAAUUGAGUUUAUUAUGAAUAUCGGGUGAGAUCAAUUAUAGGACAAUUGGGUGCGGAAUUUUGAAUUGUUUGGGUCGAGAUUUUGUGCUAUCGUGAUUUUUUUUUCUCCCGGAGAGCUCCUUGUGAUUGGGUAAUUGUGGUUUAGAUUCUUAGUGUGAUGAAGCUCUUGUGUGUCUUUUGUUAAUUGGAUUCGAAAAACAAAAAGAAAAGGGAAUUGUGAGGGAACUGGGGGUUUCUUGAAGGUGUGAGGAUGACUGAUAUUGAUCCUCUUCAACAAAAGACGGAGUCUAUGGAUGCUGAGUUUGAUCGAGGUUUUGAGGAUUUCAUGGACGAUUGCAUCUCAUUUGAGUCGUGCAGCUCGGUUCACAACCCAGACAAUGAUGAUCAAGAGGAUGAACAUCUUUUGAGGAGGAGAAGGAGGUCUGUGCUCGAAGGGGAUGAUAUAGCUGAAUCCUCUGCUGCGAGAAGGAGGCAGUCACGGAUUCUUGGCCGUUGGGCUGCAAGGCAGGCUCAGGAGAUGAUUACCACCAUUGAAAGGAGGAACCGCGAGUCCGAGCUUAUUGCGAUUGCUGGUUUGCACGCCGUCUCUACGCUCGACUCGUCUUUCCUUAGGGAGUCACAGUCUCCCUCUUCCAGGCGUCAGGCCGCUGCUACUGAGAGGCCUAGGACUCAAGCAUCUGGGAUUUUGCAGAUGUGGAGAGACUUGGAAGAUGAACAUGUACUGAACAGGGCACGUGAGAGGAUGAGACUGAGGCAUAGAAAUGCUGAUUUGCCGGGCUCUAAUGCGUCUGAGAGUCAGGUGAGUGAAAACAAUGAGAGCCUGAGGGGUUCGAGUGAGAGUGAGAAUGAUUAUGGGUCGUCUAGUAGAGAACAGUCUCCAGAUCUUGGCGAUGUUGAGAGUGAGAGGGUGAGACAAAUUGCGCGUGGAUGGACGGAUAGUGGAAUCAAUAAUCAUUCAUCUAAUGCAAGACAGAGAGACGAUAGUCGUAGAGGAGAAUGGCUUGGUGAUACUGAAAGAGAAAGAGUCAGAAUUAUCAGGGAAUGGAUGCAAAUGACAAGUCAGCAGAGAGGAGCUCGUGCUAGUCGAAGAGAAGAUCAACAAUCUCUUAGUUCACAAGAUGACAGGAUUCAUGAAAGUCCACAAGUUCAGAGGGUUCGUGAAGGGUUAGCCGUUGAGAAUGAGGAAGGGCGAAGGGAGCAUACUCGUAGAGAUUUGCGGAGACUACGAGGAAGGCAAGCAUUAGUUGAUUUGCUAAUGAGGACUGGAAGAGAGCGACAGCGGGAGCUCCAAGGUUUGUUGGAGCAUCGUGCGGUCUCUGAUUUUGCUCAUCGUAACCGGAUUCAGUCGCUUCUUAGAGGAAGAUUCUUGCGGAACGAGACACCUGCAGUCGAAGUGAGAGCUCGUUCAUCAAUGGCAGCAAGUGAACUUCGCCAGCUAAGAGAAAGACAUACAGUUUCUGGUUUGCGGGAAGGAGUCCGUGACAGGCUAGAAAGCAACACUCAUGGCGAUAGCAUCAAUACUUCUAGGAAUAACCAAAGGACUACUAAUUCUGCUGAGGAUUCUCAGCGGCUAACUGAGAGUUUUAAUUCUUCUAGGCAGGAGAAUGGUACCCCCCUCUUACCUAUCGACUUGGGCAGGUCGGGAAGAAACCGGGAAAAUGCAGAUAGAAAUUGGGAAGAAGAUACCAGUCAAGAACGAGUUUGGCCUGAAGCUUUUACUACAGACGAGAGGCAAAAUUCGCAGCAAGCAACAUUAAGCCAGUUCAGUGAAAGGGCUAAUGGUAGCACAGGUCAUAACGGGCAAGAAAACUCAGUCAAUGACCUGCACCACGAUGGAAUUGGGAAUUCAGAUGAAACUAUAAUAGUAGAAGCUCAGAGUGUAGGGCCUGCAGAUAGCUCUAGACAAUCUGAUGGUAAUUGGCCUGAGACACGGUUUGGGGCUCCAAGAAAUCGUCGUGUAGUACCAAUGAGAAGAUUAAACAGGCUCCAUCUACCUGAUGACGAUAAUGUAUACAGCAUUGAACUUCGAGAGCUACUAAGCAGGAGAAGUGUUUCAAACCUCUUACGCAGUGGUUUUCGUGAAAAUCUGGACCAACUGAUACAGUCAUAUGUUGAGGAGGAGAGAGGGCUUGCUCACGUGACUGGGAUUUGCAACAACAGACAGAUCUCAGACAUCGUACAGAGACAGGAAUGGGAGAUAAUGAACGACUUGAGAGGAGAUAUGGCGAGACUUCAGCAAGGAAUGAGUCAUAUGCAGAGGACUUUAGAAACCUGUAUGGAUAUGCAGUCUGAGCUGCAGCGUUUGGUUAGACAAGAGGUUUCUGCGGCUUUAAACCGAUCUCCUGGUGACAAAGGUCUUGGACCAGGAACAUCAGAGGAUGGGUCGAGAUGGAGCCAUGUAAGGAAAGGGACUUGCUGCGUGUGCUGUGAUAACGACAUAGAUGCCCUCUUGUACAGAUGCGGGCACAUGUGCACUUGCUCGAAUUGCGGUAACGAGCUGGUCCGAACAGGAGGGAAAUGCCCAUUGUGUAGAGCGCCUAUUAUGGAGGUGAUCCGAGCCUACUCCAUCGCUUAAGCCCUCUGAAACUGGAGAGCAAUGAAGUUAAAGAGAAGAAAAAGCAAAUAAGAGAAUGUGAUUGUUUUGAUGUGUGAGCAAGAAACAGAUUGUUACAGCGAUGUAAACGCUCUAAAAGGGAUCAAACCAAGAGCAGAUACGUAUUUACUCUGUCAUCAAUAGGUUUUUUUUAAAAAAACGAGUGUCAUGUACUUCUGUGUUUAGAGAAAGAACACAACCAGUUCACAGAGAUGAUGGGUUGAAAUUAUCAUAGUUGUGCAUACAGGGAUUCAGCAUUUAAUUUAUGAGGAGACCAUUUCAUGAACAGCUAAUAUCGCAUGUUACUGAAUAUUGCGAUAAAAUUAGUAAAUUACAUAUUUUAU